AUGGGUGUAUUAAGAAAAGCUGAGACCGACUACUACAGUGCCGUUUACACCAGCUCGAUGCACGAGUCCAAUUAUGAAAUUAUGGAGCACGACCAGUCCGUCAUGACCAUGACUUGUGAACCGGACAGUCACCUUGGUUUCGAGAGUCUUGAGCCUUUGGGUUUGGUAGCCAGCAACCGCUUCGUUGCAGGCAACAAAUUUUUUAACUAUCAACAGUUUGGUGCGCUGCGCGAGGGCAGCGCAGUCCGACUUUUCUCGACUUCAUACUAUGGUUUGCUGUUUGCCACCGCACAGAGCAGCAUCAUCUACGCCGGACUCAGGUAUUGUAUGCGACCUACUCUCAUGCACUCACUGCACCUGCAGCGGUCCGAAAGCUCUAUUGUGAUGGAGUGUCUUCUGAGCGUUCCCACGACGCUCAGCUUUUUUCUCGGUCUAGUGUCCGACGUCGUACCCCUCGGUGGAUACCGUCGCAAGUCUUACAUGAUCACCGGCACCCUACUGAGCUUUUGCAUGUGCAUGGGCCUAAUGAUUCUCUCGGCUACCGUGGACGUCCACAAAUUUACAGAAGACCAACGUAGCAACUUUAUCGUCUAUUACAUGGUGCUCAUCAUUGGUGCAACGUUCGGAUCCAUGCUCAGCAAGAUUGCCACGGACGCCCGUGUCAUCGAGCUGUCUCAACGUGAAGCGCUCACCACGCGCGGCACUUUACAGAUCAACUAUCUGCUGUUCCGUACUGGAAUCGAGUGGGUCGGCCUCUGGUUGACCGCCGGUCUUGUUCGUUUUGACGAUGACAAGCGCAACUAUGCCUUGCGCAUCGAACCUUUCUGGGUAUACGCCACGCUGGCUCUGCUGAGUCUUGUGCCCGUGCCUUUUGUGCUGCGCAACUGCAACGAGUGCAAGGUUCAAGCCGAGUCCGGCUCGAUAAGCGAAACGAUCACAGAAGAUGGUAGUGCGGAAAGGAUUUAUACGGUAUCUUGUGCAGCCAAUGCUCACAUCGGUGCCUUCUUCCGACUGUGCCAGCAGCGAGCCAUGUGGCAGCUCGUGCUAUUUUUGUGUGUCCUAUUAGCGACAACUCGCUUUUACUUCGGCUCUGCCAACGCUGUCCUCGUCAGCAUGGCAGAACUUAACCCGAACACGACACUCCUAACCAAUGCGCUAAAGUACGUGACCACUCUGGUCACCAUGAUUAUGUGGAAAAUGUUUUGGUCGAACUCGUCCUGGCGACGGUGUGUGUUCUUCGGUAUUGCUCUUAUGGUUGUAGCGGAGACUUUUCGCGCCAUUAUGAUGCUCUACGUGCCAUCGAUCCGUGGUCAGGCUUUUUACGACACCUUCGGGUGUAUUUCGGGCUUUACGGAUGGGAUCAUCACUAUAUUUACGCUCAUCCCAGCUACUGAGAUCGCCGAGAACGGCUCGGAAGGUGCUACCCAGGGUAUGCUAUUGUCAUUCCGGAGUACGAUCGCUAUUGCGAUGCGUACUCUCAGUAAUGAAUGGACGCCCUAUGUGAGUUUAAACGAUGGGACGAGUCGACUUCUAUUGCUUCUUCUCCUCUCAUACGCUGUACACGCAAUGGCUUUCUGCUCGAUUUUUCUGCUGCCUCGCCAGAAGUUGGAUGCACAGCAAUUGCGCGUUUUCGGUGGUUACAGCAAGCUUGCGAGCUACGGGAUUUGGACCAUUUUCGUCGCUUUUUUCGUAUAUGCCAUGGUCGUGAACCUCAAAGCUAUGACUGACAUGGUGAGCUAG